CAUCACUAAAGCCUGUCCGGCGGAAGUUAUUAUCCGGGUUUCAACACAAAAACAAUGGCGGGCGGUGUCGGCAAACACAAGAUGCUGAAUGUGGGGCCUACAGAGCCCUGGUCCGUCAGGGAGAAAUUAUGCCUGGCUUCAUCUGUUAUGAGGAGUGGAGACCAAAACUGGGUGUCUGUAAGCAGAGCCAUCAAGCCUUUCUCCGAGCCCGGUCGGCCCCCUGACUGGUUCUCUCAGAAGCAUUGUGCCUCACAAUAUUCGGAACUGCUCGAAGCUACAGAAGCACCCAAGCGUAAGCGCGGUGAGAAGGGGGAGGUGGUGGAGACCAUAGAAGAUGUCAUUGUUCGUAGGUUAACGACUGAGAGGAUAGAGGAGCUGAAAAAACUGCUGCGAGACACACAGGAGCGGUACAGGAAACUGAAGAAGGAGGUGGAUCUGAUACAGACGGGUCACAUGGAUGCCCAGCUGAAGGAUCUGUGGACAGAGAUCACGCUAAAGAAGAAACAAGACGAGGAGGAGGCAGAGCAGAAGAGGAAAGCCACAGAAAUGGCGUACCAAGCCCGUCAGGCAAUGAAAAACACACCAAAGCGACUUCCCAGCGUCACCGUUCGUUCUCCUCUGGGGACCAGCCCCCCAAACGUGGACUCUCAGGCUGACUCCUCAGUCUCUACACCACCCAUGGAAACAGGAGGCGUGGCCUCUGAUGACACCUCCACCCACUCAGUAGUCGGAGUGUUUCUACCAGCAGCAGACCCUCCGGGAUCAGGACCCAAGGAUGGAGGCUUGGCGGCUCUUGUAGAUGACUCGCCACAGAAGAGACUCCUUACCCAGAAAGCCACGCCACCACCUUCACCUCUUCUAUCAGAGCUGCUUAAGAAGGGAAACCUCAUCUCAGCCAGCCCCCGCCUGGUUGCAGAGGGGGACGCCACUGGAAACCUAACAAACGGUGUUCAGACUGCCACAGCAGCUGCUACCUUAGCACCUGCUCAUGAGAUCAUUACAGAGAGUGAUGCAGAAGCUGUGGUGAAGGCAGAGCUCGGUGAGGAGACGGGGUUAGUCGAGGACGACCUUGUAGCGGUGUCUUACAUGGGAGACGAGCUGGACCUGGAGACUGUGGGGGACAUCAUUGCCAUCAUAGAGGAGAAGGUGGAUGACUCUGUGGAGGCCUUAGAUGCAGCUGCUGUGGAGGCCGCGCUCUCUCUGUGUGAGGAAGCUGUUUCAGAAGGCCACACCCUUCCUGGCCCCUGGGAAACCCAGGAACUGAAGCCAUCAGAGCCCAUUCCCACAGUACAGGACUCAAGUUCCACACAGGAACCUCAGGAUGUGGCCCCAGUGUCGGCCCCAACCCCUGGCGGCCUGGAGACACAGAAUCAGCCAGACGUUAAAAGAGAAGAACAGUUUAAGGGAAGCUGCAGCAGGUCUGAGGUGGUGGGAAGCAACAUCACUCACGACAAUGGUGCAACAGAAAGUGAUGUUAGAGAGGAGGGUACCGCUGCGAAGGAGGCCCCAGAAGUUACAGUGAAGAGUGAAGGCGAAGAGUGGAGCCAGCCUGAACCCAACCCACCCUGCCUAGACUCUGAAGACAGCUCUGUGUCCGGGAAAGAGUCCAAGGAAGUGAAAGAAGAGGAGGCAGGGAGUGAGGGGGACCCAGAGGAAGGGAUGGAACUGAAAGAGGACUGUGGGGAGGGGGAGGGUCCUUAUCUGUCAGAGGUGGAGCGGGCAGCUAGCGAGAGCGAGGAUGGCUACGGUCCGCCUUCCCAGCGCUACACUGCUGAUUCACUGGCCAGCAGCCCAGCCUCUUCCUCCCAGCUCUCCACAUGUGGAGAGGACCAGGAGGCGGUCCAGGCACAGAAGAUCUGGAAGAAGGCCAUCAUGCUAGUUUGGAGAGCUGCAGCCAAUCACAGGUAUGCCAGUGUUUUCUUGCAGCCUGUGUCAGAUGACAUCGCCCCUGGUUACCACAGCAUUGUGCACAGACCGAUGGACCUGUCCGCCAUAAAGAAGAACAUCGAGUCCGGCGUGAUCCGCACAACAGCAGAGUUCCAGCGUGACAUCAUGCUGAUGUUUCAGAACGCCGUCAUGUACAACUCAUCGGACCAUGACGUGUACCACAUGGCUCUGGAGAUGCAGCGCGACGUCCUGGAGCACGUCCAGCAGUUCCUGGCCACCCAGCUCAUCAUGCAGACGUCAGAGAGCGCAAUCUCUGCCAAGAGCCUUCGUGGCAGGGAGGGAAACCGUAAGCCAGGAGAGCCGGCGGAGAAGGACAGUGUCCCAAUGGCCUCUCCUGCUUUCCUUCUCUCUCUCUUUGAUGGAGGCACCAGAGGCCGGCGCAGCGCCAUGGAGGCUGACCUCAAAAUGAAGAAGUAGAAUUUUUUUUUGAGAACACGACACUUAAAAGACACAAAGACCCUCCUGGUUAUGAUGGAAGUUGGAGCUCAUUAUUUUACUGGUUGCGUUUGAUGUUAUCUGGAGACGUGAACUCUCUGUGUGCCUAGUGUGUGUGUGUGUGUGUGUGUGUGUGUGUGUGUGUGUGUGUGUGUGUGUGUGUGUGUGUGCACACUUCAUCUUCUGUACUUGGGCUUUAGACAGGAAUAUAUGUGGGCUCCACAGUUGCCUCUUUUCUGCUCAUAUGGUUAAUGUACAACGCCACAGGGUUUUACUCCAGGACAUAAAACUUCAGUGCUCCACUUUCCCAAAGUGUCAUUAAACCAGCAGCGUUUAUCAUUUCCCCUGCUGAGACAGGACGAGAAAACUUUAUGAAAAGAGGACAUUUUUCACCAGCAAAAGUUUGUUUUGGAACAGACGAUAAAAAGCAGGAUGACUUCUGCUUGUCAGCGUUGAUGUUGAAGAGUGUAUUGUUCCUAUAAAACUGUCUGUUUAGUGUAUCUGCAUCAAACUCUGCCCAGAUGAUGGAAGCGCCAUAAAACACGAAAUGAGAGCUAAUCUGUUUUCUAAUUAAUACACCAGAUUUCCUUUUUAAUUUUAAUUUCUUUGCUUUUUCCAAAGCAUGAAGCUUUAGAUGGUCUCAUAGCCUGAGCUCGGACAUGAAAGUUGGAGAUCUUAAACCGUCUUUUUCAUGAAUGUGGAGCUGCUGUGCAAGUCUGGAAAGCCAUGAAAGCUCAAUGGUCCUGAGGAGCAGUUGUGUGACUGCAUAACCUUGGAUUUGUUUUUAAUUUUGAAACUGAGGCCUGCAGCUGCCAAGAAAACCAAACCAACGUGGGACGUACCGAGGAAUACGGAAAUGAUGGUCAUGUUUAAUACCGGUGUCAUUUAAUGGGCUAAAAAUUGGGCAGAGUUUGGUUUCACCCCCACUUGUCACUUAGGAUGUAGCCUGUGUGUGUGUGUGUGUGUGUGCGUGUGCGUGUGUGCCGUGGCAUAAAGAAAAUCUGUUGUCUUAGAUGGGAGUACACAUUGUUUUGUACCUGAGAAGGAUCCUACAGUAGUCUGGGGGUAUGGUGUAUCAUGUUUUCUUGCUGUACAUUUGUUAAAUAAAGAUUUGAUGCAAAAUGUAAAAAA